AUGUGCCACUUUCAGGUCUCCUCACACUGCUGGUGUGUGUUUCCAUUUUUUGACAUAGGGUGCUGGCAGAUUACGGGCCUCCCAUAGCUGCUGCCAGGCCCCUAAUCUGCCAUGGGCCCCUAUACACCGCCUCCUCAUGCUGCUGCUGCCAGGUCCAGAGUCUGUCAUGGGUCCCUGUACGGCCUCCCAUUGCUGCUGUCUCCAUCGCCACACUCUGCCAUGUGCCACUUUCAGGUCUCCUCACACUGCUGGUGUGUUCCAUUUUUUUCAUAGGGCUUCAUAGGCCUCCCAUUGCUGCUGUCUCCAUCGCCACACUCUGCCAUGUGCCACUUUCAGGUCUCCUCACACUGCUGC